CCCCUCCUCCCCACACACUAGAACACGGCAAGGUCAAAGGCACUAUAACUCCACCGCCAGACUUCCCCGAUCCGUUGGUCCGACGCACGGCGACGCCUCCGGCAAUGGCCUUCUCCAACAACUCCGGAGCGCACACCACGGCGGAUGAGGACUACGGUUUUUCCGCCGGCCAUGGCGAGAAGCUCCCCUAUCCGACCCUUACCGCGGCGGCCGCAACCGAGCAGGGUGCAGCCUACUGCAACCCCGGCAUGCACGCCGGCAAGGCCAUACCGCCAUCUCCUCAGGUUGUCGCUGGUAAGGCACCGGGAGUAGGCGUCGGCCAUGACAUGAACGAUGUAGCACUCGUUGAAUGCGUGCCCCAUGGCCUUCCGAUUCUGGGACUCACCGUCGCUUCUUUCGCCGUGACUGGGCUCGCCACCGGCACGCCCACCCCGGCAAUGGGCUUCGGACUGUUCCUGAUGCUGCUCGUUGGCCUCUCCGCCAUCAGUAUCUGCGUGUUCCGUGACUAGGUCGUGGUACGCAUGCCAUGGGAUCGCAGUAAUAAUUUGCAUCUGUCUUGAUAUUGGAUGCAAACUGUUUGUCAUUCGUGUGCUUUGUAU